AUGCCUCGCGAGAACAGCUUCAGCGACUCUGAGGGCCGCUCCCUCACCCCCGACCCCGAAGACGGCAUGGCCACGUCCCCCACAUGGGAUGGACAGACCGCAGAACGGGCCCCGUGGUCACCACCACGCCGGCCAUGGCUUACGCCGCCGCGCUCCCUCGCCGCCCCCACCUCCCCCGCGCGCCCGACCGCCUACCCCUCCCAGACGCCGAAGGACCGCUUCCGGGCGACGGUGCGCAAGGUGAUGGCGAUGAGCCGCACGUCGUCCCUCAUGGCCCGUCGCGGGGUCGGCGCGGAGCCCGGCGUGGACCCGCGGCGCGCGAGCGCGUUCGUCAACUACGGGCACAUCCGCCAGCAGUGCCUGAUCGAGGUCAACGACUACUCGACGUUCCGGACGAGCUUCGGGCGGAUGACGAACGCCGAGUUCAUCCGCCUCCUCAACGACGAGGGCGCGAGCAAGCGCGAGCCCUGGGUCAAGGUCCGCUGGAUCAACAUUGGCGGCAUCAGCUGGGACGUGAUCAGCGCGCUCGCGCUCAAGUACGACCUCCAUCCGCUUGCGCUCGAAGAUGUGCUCACGCAGCGCGGGCACGCGCGCUCCAAAACGGACUACUAUCCUCAGCACCUCUUCAUCCGCAUGCUCUGCCACACGCUCGGCGCCGAGGAGGAGGCGACGACGCUCGAGACGACGAUCUCGAGCCUGCCGCGCUCCGCCGCGGACCGCGCCAAGUUCGCGAGCAUGGGCCACGCCGGCGGGCUGCGGUACCGGGGGCGGCGGGCGGACGUCGAGCAGGCGGGGCCGACGGGCGCGCGGUUCGGCGGGAUGGCGGAGAGCGAGCAGGCGCAGAAGAACGCGCGGAACCGGAAGCUGGUCAAGGAGCUCACCCGGGGCGACCGCGUGAACGUGCAGAUCCGGCCGAUGUGCCUGUUCCUGUUCAAGGACGGGACCGUCAUCUCGAUCCACAAGGACAACACCCUCAACUUCACGGCACCGAUCACGGAGCGGUUGAGGCAGCGGGACACGGGGCUGCGGACGACGGCGGACCCGUCGAUGCUGGUCCAGUCGCUGCUUGACCUCGUGGUCGACUCGGCGAUGGAGGUGGUGGAGGAGUACCAGGGGAGGAUUCUGAAGGUCGAGCAGGCGGUCCUACUGAAGCCCAGCAUGAAGACGGUCCGGAGACUCCAUAUCCUCCAGGGCGACCUCAUCCUCCACAAGCGCACUCUCGAGCCAAUCAAGACCGUCAUCUAUGGUCUCCGUCGGUACGAUGUUGACCGUGCGAUGGCGUUGAGGGAGCACGCGGAUGCGAACGUGAAGGAAGAGGGUUACAUGAGCCAUAAGGCGAAGAUCUACCUGGCUGAUGUCCACGACCACAUGGAGUAUAUCCUCACCAGUCUGGACAUGAUCGCGGGGAUCACCGAGAACCUGAUUAAUUACACGUUCAACAUGGCGUCAUAUGAGAUGAACGAAGCGCCGACUGACCCUCGCGACAAUCAUUUCCUUCCUCUCACACUGCUCACUGGGUACUUCGGUAUGAACUUCGAUCCAAUGUGGUCCGUGAUGGAAAACAGCGACCUCCUUUUCUGGGAGAUCGCGCUGCCGCUCAUGGCAGUGGUCAUCCCUCUGUUCUUGUUCAACGACUUCAAGCGGAUGGCGCACUACAUCGAGAAGCGGCUGACGCGGCGCGCCGUCGUCAAGUCCUUCAAGAGGGCGUAG